UCAUCAAUUUUGUUGUAUUCGAAAGAUCGAGAUGUCAGAUCUCUUGCAGCGCCUGUUGCUCCAAGGCAUUUACCAUGAGAAGACUGGCCGCGAUACCCCUUGCUGACACGGUCCUCACACUUGAUCACGCAGGUCCACUCUGUUGGGGACAUCACGAUCUAACGCUCACUAUCACACAAGUUCGCCACGCCGGCGAUAUCGUGGGGGUCUAUAGUGUCAGAAAUGGAUACGAAAGAGGCUAAGGAUGCAGGUUAUAGAGUGAUGGAGAUGCUGCAGUUUGUUUGGAGGGGAAGCAGGGCUUUUGCCAGAGCAUUUUAUAUGGUGCUAUCGAGUAUAUUACAUCUGCGAAUACUCAUUUCGGGUACAAGCACCAUGGCAAUGGUGAUGUUGACAAUAAGGAUUACUGUUAUACGAAUGCAGCGACUCAGACUGGCAGCAAACACAGUCCAUUCUCUUUGACGAUUGAGCAGUACUUGUGAAACGCCCAAGCCUUUGUGUUUCCAGAGCAUUCGAGACACAUAGUGGGUUCCAGCGAUGGCUUAACUCCGGAAUGGCACGCUUCCUGGUAUUUCCAUAUGUCGAACUCCGGGGCUGACCUGUCCACAUUGCACAGUCUCAUAUAGACUACAAAGUACUUGGCAUGUAAGCCUGAUAUGCAUGUACUUGCUGUACCUAAUCUAGCAGCGCUAGAAAGGCAGGUGUUACCCUCGGGGUGAGUGGCUAUCGGAUAUAUGGAAAAUUAACUUUUCAAAAAAUGACUGGGAGGAAGAGGGAAUGC